CCUGACCUUAGUCCAUUCAGAUCAAUAGGGAAGUAAGGGAGAAAAGCGCAAUCGGAUCGUUUACACUGGCUCUUUUGGAGGAAAUAUAGACUUCCCUGACACUUUGUACUCACUGUAAAGUGGAUAUCGUGGUGCACACCAAGAGGGCGAUUCGCCGCUUUUUGUGACUCCAGCAGACAUUCUCCACUACAAUGUCUUUCCCACAGCUGGGAUAUCAGUACAUCCGACCCAUAUACCCGCAGGACAGGCAGGGGAUAGGCAGUGCUCGAGCCGGGACAGACCUGAGCCCGUCCGGAGCGCUCUCUAAUGUUCUCUCAACUAUGUACGGAUCACCUUUCGCUGCCGCACAAAGCUAUGGAGCUUUUCUUCCAUAUUCAAAUGAUCUAUCCAUUUUCAACCAGCUGGGGGCACAGUACGAACUGAAAGACAGUCCGGGUGUCCAGCAUCCUGGAUUUGCCCACCAUCAUCCCGCUUUUUACCCAUAUGGUCAGUACCAGUUUGGCGACCCGUCCAGACCCAAAAAUGCCACCAGAGAGAGCACCAGCACACUCAAGGCCUGGUUAAGCGAGCACCGGAAAAAUCCAUACCCCACCAAAGGCGAGAAAAUCAUGCUGGCCAUCAUCACCAAAAUGACCCUCACGCAAGUGUCCACCUGGUUCGCCAACGCCAGGAGGAGGCUAAAGAAGGAGAACAAGAUGACCUGGACCCCAAGGAGUCGCACAGACGAAGAAGGAAAUGUUUACAACAGCGAUCAUGACGGAGAGGACGGCGACAAACGGGAGGAUGAGGAGGAAAUCGAUUUGGAGAAUAUUGACACGGAGAAUAUAGAGAAUAAGGACGAUUUAGACGACCAGGAUGAACUGCAUUCUGAUUUGAAACUGGACGGCCGGAGCGACUCGGAAAUUUCGGACGGCUAUGAGGAUUUACAAGGACCUGAGCAAAGGUUGUUAAAAGCGAUGGUGAAAGACGUUAAAGAGAUUAACGGCGACCGCUCAGAACACUUUCACCAUCUUCAUCAUCAUCAUCACCACAACAACAACAACGUAGAACUCAAAGCCCAACAGGCCAACGGUGAGCCGGUCAAACUCAACCAGGCCAUCAUUAACACUCCACCCUCAGAAAACAACCCACCUCCGGCCCCAAAACCUAAGAUCUGGUCUUUGGCAGAGACAGCAACAACUCCAGACAAUCCACGCAAAUCUCCUCUUAUGAAUGGGACAUCCGCUGCGCCCGCCGCUCAGACCAUCAUCGCUCCUCACAGACUCCUUUCGUGUCCCGUAGGGAAAAUCCAGAGCUGGGCAAAUCGGGGUUUCACCGCACACCAGCUCGCCUUGCUGAACUCUAACCAUUAUUUUGGACUCAGUAGCCAAGCUUCGGCGAAUGGCCUCGCUCUCUACAGCAGACAAGCCGAGGACAGGAGUCAAAACUCCGAGUCCACAGUCACAGGUACAUGUCACCCACACUGAGAAGCGCAGAGACAUGCAAUUCAUUUUUAUUGACAUUAUUAAGACUGUACUUGCAGACUGGACGCGCACUAUUCUUUUUAAGGCCCCCCCCCCGGACCAUUUGCUCACUACUACUGUGAAACAUUCAAGUUAAAAAGAUUUACACUUGAUAUGCAAAUGCCCAUUGGAGAGUACUUAUCUUAUUUUGUUAUAUUCUACCUUUUGCUUUUCAAAUUUCCAAAAUUAUGUCAUGGGAAAAUGUUGGAAAAAGUUUCAGUGGCUUUUUAAAAAGGUGUGUUAGUGUGUGUGUGAAUUUUGAUAGCCCUUCUCUAGGCCGCAAACUUUUCUCAUUUUAAACAGCAGGCCAUUAGAUCUCGAAAUCUUUUUUUUUUGUAUUUUUUUUUUUAAAGGCUUUAGAAUUGUAUGUUUUGUUUUUUUUUUUUUUUUCUUUUUUUUUUUCCGUUUGUUGCUGUUGUUGUUAUUGAUGUUAUAAUUUCAGAAAGAUCUAGUGCCUUGGAAACAGAGAAAAAGUUGUUAGAAACAACCUUCCACCCUGUUCAAAGACGGUAAGAACGGAGAUCUUAUAUUAUCUGUGCAUUAUUUUAAUUUAGCGUAUUCCUUUUAGAAAUGUUUCUUUUCUUUUUUUUUUUUUUUUUUUUUUUAUAAAUAUUUGAAUAUCGCAUAAUGUCCAUGCAUGACUGUUUAGUCACUGGCUCGGGUAAUUGGUCUAAACAUGAUUUAUAUAUUGUGCUUGUGCAAUAAUGAACCGAGAUGUUAAACCAAUACAUCUCCAAUGCGUCGAUAUUUCAGAAUGCUUAAGUCAAAAAACAGUGUUGUGUUCUAUACUUGCUUGCAGAUUUAGUUUCACUGCGUGUUUUUUCAUGCUUCCUUUUAAUAUUCCCAUAGGCCCCAGAACCAACUCGGAGCUGCCAUAGUAUUAUCCGCCCUCUCGACCUCUUAGGGUUUUCUUUCUUUUUUGUUUGAUUCUCAUUAUAACCUGUGUAAGGAAUGUAAAAUAAAAAAAUAACACUCUUCUGUAUACUUACAUUGCAAGCAUGUCCUGUGUACAAUGGCUGAUGUUAAUGCUGUCAGGCCAAGUAGUCUGUGAGUCCCAUUUUCUUUUGUAAGCUCUGUGAGGAUUUGAUGUUGAAAUGUUUUGUAUAUAACGUGAAGAAAAUGUAUAUACUUGUGAUCCGAAAUUGUACAAGAAAGUCUAUAUUUUGGCUAAUAAAUGAACCGCUGCAACU